AUGGAUGACUUCAAUGCGUAUCGAGCGAUGUGUGCGAAUCGACUACGACGAUUGGAACGCUACAAAAAGGCCAGAAGCUUUUGUAACAUCGACGAUGAUGAACCGUCAAUUUUUCCUAUAUCGGCUCCACCGUGCUGCGGUGAAGACACAGCGGCUUCUGAACACUUUUUCGGUGCUUCCCGUAGUUCUCCGGCUUUUGAAGUAAUCCGAGAGAAAAUGCUCUCGUUAAUGGAGAACGAUAUGUCCCUUCUUCAGCAGCUAAUUACGUUAGGUGAUCAGAUCACUGAAAUGAAGAAGCUGAAAGAGCAGAACCUGCGGAAAUGUCAGAGCCAGUCAAGUCUCGACAACGAAGAAGAUAAUGAGGACCAGUUCGAUGAUGGUUUCUCAGCAUCGAUGUCAGAAGUAACCACAUUUUGUGUGGGUGAGAGCCAGCCGCAAUACUUCUCUCGCCAGAACAGCGUGCUAAGAAUUCCGAUCCCACCGCGGAGUAGCAAUCGUUUUGGACACAGAAGAAUUCCUCGUCGACCGUCAGAAAUGCUGCGCAUUUCGCCACCAGUGAUCCCUCACAAAAUUGUUCCCGAAGUUUAUGAAAUAGCCACAGAGAAGUUGGCUAUGUCUAAAGAGAAAUCAUUGAAAGAUGAACGAUGCUCCAUUGAUCCUUCUUAUAUUGCUGUCAAAAACCGCUCCUCCAACUCUUCGAUCGACUCCGGAAUAAGAGAAUCCAGCUCAUCGUCUCCGUCUCCCACGUUUGAGAAGGAAGUCAUUUAG